ACAUUUCCAGUCACAAUGCUUCCAUCUCGUCACAGUCUGAUCCAGUUCCAGAUUUUUGCUUCACCUAUAAAAUUUGACACUGUAAGAGAAGAGAAAAGGUCAAAGCCAAGGCAAUCGGACAGUGACAGCCGCCUGCAAUACACAGUGCAAUACAAUCUUACUUUUAACAAUAUGGAUAAAGUUUUAUCCGUGCCCCGUGCCCUUUCUGGAAUAAACAUUUCACCUUGUGUCUGCUGGAAAACAUUUACAAACACGAGCGUGCUCUGUUCCUCUCGUUUUUUAUUCACAAACAGAGUAACCGAGCACCAGAGAAGCAAAAGUACGUUUAACUGGUCAUGUCUCUACCGGAGAGAUAAGUGCUCUGUGGUAUCGCCUGUUGUAUUCUGGUGUACAACAAGUUUUGUGAGACCGGUGUCUACCAGGACUGAAAAUGCAAUGAACGUUUUUGACAGGAACAUGAAAAGAAAACAGAAGAACUGGGCAGCGGCAUUACAGGACGCAGAGCAAUACGAUUACCUAAGAACAGAGGUUGGCAGCAGAAUUGCAGACCGCGUCUUUGACGUUGCUAGGACCUUCCCUCUUGCUUUGGAUAUUGGCUGCGGAAGAAGCCACAUAGCCAAGCAUUUGAACAAGGAAACAGUUGAAAAACUCUUUUUGAUAGAUGACAAUGAAAAAGCUUUGAAACAAACACCAGAGACUGAAAUUCCCAUCCACAGAGUUCUAGCAGAUGAAGAAUUCCUCCCUUUCAAAGAAAACACGUUUGAUCUGGUUGUCAGCAGCUUGAGCUUGCACUGGAUAAACGAUCUCCCAGGGGCAUUAAGACAGAUAAAUCAUGUUCUGAAGCCAGAUGGAGUAUUUAUUGGUGCCAUGGUAGGAGGGGAGACACUGUAUGAGCUGCGCUGUUCACUGCAGCUUGCAGAACUGGAGAGGGAGGGCGGUUUCGCACCACAUGUGUCUCCCUUCACUGCUGUCACUGACCUCGGAAAUCUGCUGGGCCGAGCUCAGUUUAACAUGCUGACUGUGGAUAUAGAUGAAAUCCAAGUUCAUUAUCCAGGGAUGUUUGAAGUAAUGCAUGAUUUGCAAGGAAUGGGUGAAAGCAACUGUGCGUGGAACAGGAAGCCUGUACUGCACAGGGAUACAAUGCUGGCUGCUGCAGCAAUAUACAAAGAAAUGUAUGGCAAUGAAGAUGGUUCAGUACCAGCUACAUUUCAAAUUCUGUAUAUGAUUGGAUGGAAACCUGACAGCUCACAGGCUAAACCAGCAAAAAGAGGAUCAGCUGAUGUAUCAUUUGGUGACCUUGGAAAAAUUAAUGAGCUUUCAACAACAAAUAAACCAAAAAAGUAAUAAAUAUUGGUUAUAUAUA